CAGAGUGGCCGUGGCCGUGGGGCAGACCAGCCCGGGAGCCAGAUGAGCAGAGAGGUCUGUGUGCACUCCUGGCCUUGCUCCUACUACUUAGAACCGGAGAAGCGAUGGGUUCCUGGAAAGCUUUCGUUAACUUCUCACUCCCUGAGAUUUACAACUGAUAAAACCGGGGAGGCCCUGGUCAGCUUCCCCCUGUCUAGUGUGAUUGAGAUCAAGAAGGAGGCUUCUCACUUUGUCUUCAGUUCUAUCACCGUCCUGGAGAAGGACCACCUCAAGCACUGGUUCAGCUCCUUGCAGCCCAGUCGGAAUGCAGUCUUCACCAUCAUCGAGCAUUUCUGGAGAGAGCUGCUGCUGUCUCCAUCGGAAGCACCACUCCCUGUGACCAAGGGGAAGCAGCUGACUGGUCUGAUGGCCUGUUCCCAGAAGCGCCUGGAAGAGACAGCCCGAGUCCUCCACCAUCAGGGCGAGCAGCUGGACAGCAUCACCAAGGGCCUGGACAAGAUGGAAUCUGACCUGGACGUGGCUGACAGGUUGCUGACGGAGCUGGAGUCCCCUUCUUGGUGGCCCUUUAGCUCCAAGCUUUGGAAGAUGCCAGCAGAAACAAAGUCCAAUGGGGGCACCUCAACGGCUAGUCCCAAAGCUCUUGGAAAAGAAGGGGUAGUGGUCCGAAUUCCUGCUGUUAUCGCCCAGGGAACAGCAUCUCAUGUUAAAGCAGGAAGUCUUACCAUCCUUGUGUCCGGGUUGGAAAUCCAUGACUCGAGUUCUUUGCUCAUGCACAGAUUUGAAAGAGAAGAUAUAGACGACAUUACGGUUCACACACCUUAUGAAAUUAGCAUCCGCCAACGGUUCAUCGGGAAGCCAGACAUAGCUUAUCGCCUGAUAUCCGCCAAGAUGCCCGAGGCUGUCCCCAUUUUGGAGGUGCAGUUCAGCAAGAAGAUGGAGUUGUUAGAAGGCGGCUUGACACCCGGAAGUGCCAGCACGUCUUCCCCAGCAGAGAAGGGCUGCUAUGUCUGGCAGGCGGCGUCGGGGCUGAUGGACCACGCCAUGCACCGCGAGCCCUGCUCGGGAAGCCAGGAGGGCCAGCCGCUUCCGCUGCAGAUGAGUGAGCCGCUGGUUUCCGAGGGGGACGCCCAGGAACUGAGACAGAUCCUGAGGAAGCUGAAGAGUCUCGCCCUGGACACUGAGAAGGAGCUGGAGAGGCAGGACGAGGCCCUGGACGGCAUCACUGCGGCCGUCGAUCGGACCACCUUAACCAUCGACAAGCAUAACCGACGUGCCAAAAAACUGACCUAGGACAGAAGAGCAGAGAGGUGACUGGUUUUGAUGACAGUCACUCCCCUGAGUACUUUGUUCUCAAUACCUGCACACGUCCUUGACCUAAACACCUGGAAAGUCAUUCCAAGGGCGGGUUAGUAGUUGGAGGCCCUGGGCCAGGAGGUGCAGGCUUGCCUCAGGGUAAAGGAUCCCGACCACUGCACACGCGGGAAGGAGGAGCUCCAGGAGAGGGGAGUUCUGCCUGCAGAUCCGGCGAGCCCCCCCCAGCACGCCCCUGCAGUUGUGGCCCCAGCUCCCCUUGCUCCCCGCUCCCCACUCCCCGCAGGCCCUGGCUCCCUUCUCCCCCUCCUUCCCCUCAGUCCUCAGCUCCCCACUCAUACCUGAGCCCUUCAGAGGGUCCCCAGCAGCAGGAAGGCUCGUCCCUGCAAGGCUGGCUGUACCCAGUGCUCGAUGCCUGCUUUGCAUGGUUAGCAUGGCCAGUAGCUGAAUUUUUAUUCUCUGUUCUUGCCAGGUGUAAAAGGGCCAUUUAAAUCCCUAUGACAGAAAUGUGCUGAUUUCUGAGUCUGUGCACCUGAACCCUGCAUCAUGUGUCAGCAGAACCCCUUCUCCAGGACCAUAGACAGGCCCGAGCCUGUUCCCCUCUGCAGGCUGCUCUGCAUGGGCCCAUCCACAGUCACUUUGUUCUGUGACUUGUUUUGUUCUCUUGACGGGCCUGUUUCUUUUUGGUUGUACUGUGACUCCAGUUCCUCUCAAGGUCAUCCUGUGAACACUGGGAAUAUUCUUUUCACUGCCCAGUUCAUAGCCAAGUGUAAAAAUAAUACACACUGCACCUGUUUAAAAA